AGGGUAAGAGUCAACAACGAGAGUGAGAGAGGGAAACCGAAAAGAAAAACCUCUUCGCUAUAAUACCCUCCAUGAGAAAAAGAGGGAAAACCUCAUCUCAAUACGGGAGGAAUUGGGCGACAAAAAUUUCCGGGGUAAAGAAAAACAUUAUAGAUCUUGGAAUCUCCUUUUAUUCCUUGAAUGCAAUCACUGUGGCUUGCUGUAACGGUAUGUUAAUGCCGCUUUUGAUUACAAACUUCUGCUCAUUCUGGAUCUCAUAACCUUAAUGAAUAUGCCUUCCAUAACGAUCAAUCGCCAUUACAAAUUGUACUGCUCCAAGCAUCUCUAUUUUAUCUGCAAUCAUGUCAUUGGCAUCAUCUCGAGCCAGCAAAACCCAUUUGUCUCUAAAGUUUCUUGUUACAGCUAUGAUUCUCCCUUCUUCUCAGUCGCACCUAAACUCCAGAUUUCACGAUACUUGUACAGCUUCCAUGGAUAUAAACUUUGACGCUAUAAACCAGGAACUCAUUUGUACGAGAGUUAAAGCCUAUGGAUAUAAACUGGAUUCAUGCAUUAAUACGAAGUCCUUCGCUCAGGGAAAGCAAACCCACGGUCACAUGCUUGUAAGCGGCGUUGUGAUUGAUGCGUAUUUGGGUACGAAACUCAUAAACCUUUAUGCCAACUGCGGUGCUUUCAUGGAUGCUCGUCUGGUUUUCAAUAAAUUAAAAAAAAAAAGGAAUCCCAUUUUGUGGAAUUCCAUGAUUAAAGGAUACAUUUUGCAGGAAUAUUGUGAAGAGGGUUUUGCACUGUACGAUGAAAUGCAGAGUAUGGGUAUGCAGCCUGACAAUUUUACUUUUCCUUUUGUUCUCAAGGCCUGCGGGAGCCUGAUUGAUUUAAAACGAGGUAAGGAAGUUCACAGCAAGAUAGUUAAAAUGGGUUUAGAUUAUAAUGUUUAUGUAGGUAGUGCUUUGGUAGACAUGUAUGCAAAAUGUCAGAGUUUGAAAGACGCGCGCCAAAUAUUUGAUAAAAUGUCUGAAAGAAACGUUGUGUCCUGGACUGCUAUGAUUUCUGGGUAUGCGCAGAAUGAACAGGGUGAUGAGGCUUUGACUUUGUUUCGGGAGAUGCAAGCAGAGCGUGUGGAAACGAAUUUAGUCACAAUUGUGAGUGUUCUCCCUGCAGCCGCAGUGUUUGGAAGGGGGACUCUGCAACAGGGUAGAGAGAUUCAUGGUUAUGUAAUUAGGAACGAGCUUGACUCACAGCUUACAGUGUUGAAUGCUCUUUUGGAUAUGUAUGCUAAAAGUGGAAAUACACAAUGUGCACGCCAUGUGUUUGACAAAAUGUUUGAAAGAAAUGUUGUGUCAUGGACUGCUAUGAUUUCUGGGUAUGCGCAGAAUGAACAGAGCGAGGAGGCUUUGAGUUUGUUUAGGAAGAUGCAGAUAGAGCGCGUGGAAACCAAUUCAGUCACAAUUGUGAGUGUUCUCCCUGCAGUCGCGGUGUCUGGAAUAGGGACUCUGCAACAGGGUAGGGAGAUCCAUGGUUAUGUAAUUCGGAACGAGUUUGACUCUCAGCUUAAUGUGUCAAAUGCUCUUUUGGACAUGUAUGCUAAAUGUGGGAGCAUACAAUGUGCAGGCCGUGUGUUUGACAAAAUGUCUCAAAGAAAUGUGGUUUCGUAUAAUGCAAUGCUUGCAGGAUAUGUGCAGAAUGGGUAUGCUGAUAAAGCCUUAAAGAUUUUCCAUCAAAUGUCUUUGGAGGAUGUCGAAUGUGAUUCAGUCACUAUAACAAGCAUUCUCCGUGCAUGUGCUUGUUUAACAGCUUUAGAACAGGGCAAGGACAUUCAUAACUAUACCAUAAAGAAGGGAUUCGGUUCAAGUGUUUCUGUGGGGAAUGCCCUGAUAGAUAUGUAUUCCAAAGGUGGUGGCAUAGACUAUGCACGAAAUGUUUUUGAUGAAAUGGCUGAAAGAAAUGUGAUCUCAUGGACUGCAAUUAUUGCUGGCUAUGGUUUGCAUGGGCAAGGAAAAGAUGCUCUGAAACUCUUCGAUACAAUGCAACAAAUUGGGCUAGAGCCAAACCAUAUUACCUUUGUUGCAGUUUUAUCUGCUUGCAGUCAUGCAGGUUUAGUGGAUAAAGGCCAGGAGUACUUUGGAUCCAUGAGCUGUGAUUAUAAGAUUGCACCCCGAGUUGAACACUAUGCAUGCAUGGUUGACCUUCUUGGCCGUGCUGGACGACUGGAGGAGGCAUAUGACAUCAUAAAAAAUAUGCCAAUGGCACCUGAUGCUGCAGUGUGGGGAGCCUUGCUUGGUGCCUGUACAGUCUAUUCCAAUACAGAACUAGGAAGGUUAGCAGCAGAACAAGUUAUUGAAUUAAUGCCAAUAAAUUCUGGUUUCUAUGUUUUGCUUUCUCAUAUCUAUGCUAAGGCUGGCAAAUGGGAUGACGUUGCAAAGGUGAGAACACUGAUGAAAGAGAGUGGGGUUAAAAAAAGUCCUGGACGCAGUUGGAUUGCAAUUAAGAACAAUGUCCACACAUUUGUUGCCGGAGAUCGAUCACACCCUGAGUCUGAAAUGAUCUAUGCAGUAUUAGAAAGCUUAUCAAAACAGAUUAAAGACAUAGGAUAUACCCCUGAUAUUCAAUCUGUUUUGCACGAUCUAGGAGAGGAUGAAAAGGAAUGUGCCCUCACAAACCACAGUGAGAAGCUAGCUAUUGCCUUUGGGCUUAUCAAAACUAGCCCUGAGACAACUAUUAGGGUAGCCAAAAACCUUAGGGUGUGUUGUGACUGUCAUAUUGCAAUAAAGUUCAUUUCAAUCGUAGUUGGGAGAGAAAUCAUUGUGAGGGAUACAAACCGUUUCCAUCAUUUUAAGGAUGGCCAUUGUUCUUGUGGGGAUUAUUGUAAAGCAACAUUAACUAGGGUGUUGACCUUUAACAUAGUCAAAAACUAUCAACAGAAAACAAACAACAUCAAGAGAGAUGAUGUUGGCAAAAAGAACAACAACCCAAAGGUGGAUAGUAACAAACACAGUCAGAGGAGCCCAGUGCAGAAGGAAUUUGAAUACAGCACUUCAGAUGCCCACAUUAGAGUAAUUUACCGCUACAUGAAAGACAUGAUAAUGGUUAAUAUGCUUUCUUUGACUAUCAAUGGUACUUUCUUAAUAUUCAUCGCUUAUUGUGCUUUGCCAGUCUUAUUUAUUUUGUCUGCAACCAUGUCAUUGGCAUUACCUCUAGCCAGAAAAACCCAUUUGUCUCUAAAGUCUCUGGUUACAGCCACGGCUUCUUCUUCACAAAUGCACUUAAACUACCUGUUUCUUUGUAUUUCUACAGUCUCCAAGGACAUAAACUCUCACACUAUAACCCAGGAACUGAUUUCUUCGAGAGUUGAAGCCUAUGGCUAUAUACUGGAUUCAUGCAUUAAUGAGAAGGCCUUGGCUCAGGGAAAGCAAAUCCACAGUCAUAUGCUUGUAAGCGGCAUAGUGAUUAAUGCAUUUUUGGGUACGAAACUCAUAAACCUUUAUGCCAAUUGCGGUGCUUUCAUGCAUGCGCGUCUGAUAUUUGAUAAAUUAAAAACCAAAAGGAAUCCCAUUUUGUGGAAUUCCAUGAUUAAGGAAUACGUUUUACAGGAUUUUUGUGAAGAGGGUUUUGCAUUAUAUGAUGAAAUGCAGAAGAUGGGUUUGCAGCCUGACAAGUUUACUUUUCCUUUUGUUCUUAAGGCGUGCGGCAGCCUGGUUGAUUUAAAACGAGGCAAGGAAGUUCAUAGCAAUAUAAUUAGAAUUGGCUUAAAUAAUAAUGUUUAUGUGGAUAGUGCUUUGGUAGACAUGUAUGCAAAAUGCCAGAGUUUUGGAGAUGCACGCCGUGUAUUUGACAAAAUGACUGAAAGAAAUGUUGUGUCCUGGACUGCCAUGAUUUCUGGCUACGCACAGAAUGAAAAGGGUGAGGAGGCUUUGAGUUUGUUUCGGAAGAUGCAGAUGCAGUGUGUGGAAACCAAUCCAAUUACAAUUGUGAGUGUUCUCCCUGCAACCGCAGUGUUUGGAAUAGAGUUUCUGAAACAGGGUAGGGAGAUCCAUGGUUAUGUAAUUAGGAACGAGUUUGACUCACAGCCCUCUGUGUCAAAUGCUCUUUUAGAUAUGUACGCUAAAUGUGGAAGUAUAGAAUGUGCACGCCAUGUGUUUGACAAAAUGUGUCAAAGAGAUGUGGUUUCUUAUAAUGCUAUGCUUGCAGGGUACAUGCAGAAUGGCUGUGCUGAUAAAGCCUUGAAAAUUUUCCAUCAAAUGCCUUUCGAGGAUGUGGGGUGUGAUUCAGUCACUAUCACAAGUGUGCUCCGUGCAUGUGCUUGUUUGACAUCUCUAGAACAGGGCAUGGGCAAUCAUAACUACGCCACAAAGAAGGGAUUCGUUUCAAGUGUUUCUGUGGGUAAUGCCCUGAUAGACAUGUAUGCCAAAUGUGGUAGCAUAGACUAUGCAAGAAAUGUUUUUGAUGAAAUGGCUGAAAGGAAUGCGAUCUCAUGGACUGCAAUUAUUGCUGGCUAUGGUUUGCAUGGACAAGGAGAAGAGGCUCUUAAACUCUUUGAUACAAUGCAACAAAUUGGGCCAGAGCCAAACCAUAUAACCUUCGUUGCAGUUUUAUCUGCUUGCAGUCAUGCAGGUUUAGUAGAUAAAGGGCAGCAGUACUUUGGAUGCAUGAGCCAUGAUUAUGAGGCUGCACCCCGAGUUGAACACUAUGCAUGUAUGGUUGACCUUCUUGGCCGUGCUGGGCGACUGGAGGAGGCAUAUGACAUUAUAAAAAAUAUGCCUAUAGCACCUGAUGCUGCAGUGUGGGGAGCCUUGCUUGGUGCCUGUAGAAUAUAUUGCAAUACAAAACUAGGAAAGCUAGCUGCAGAAAAAGUUAUUGAAUUAAUGCCAAGAAAUGCUGGCUUCUAUGUUUUGCUUUCUAAUAUCUAUGCCAAGACUGGCAAGUGGGAUGAAGUUGCAAAGGUGAGAAAACUAAUGAAAGAGAAUGGGAUAAUAAAAAGCCCUGGACACAGCUGGAUUACAAUUAAGGACACUGUCCACACAUUUGUUGUUGGAGAUCGAUCCCACCCUGAGACUGCAAUGAUCUAUGCAGUAUUAGAAAGUUUGUCAAAACAGAUUAAAGACAUAGGAUAUACCCCUGAUAUUCAUUCUGUUCUGCACGAUCUAGGACAGGAUGAAAAAGAAUGUGCACUCACCAACCACAGUGAGAAGCUAGCUAUUGCUUUUGGGCUUAUCAAAACUUGCCCUGGGACAACUAUCAGGAUAGCAAAAAACCUAAGGGUGUGUUGUGAUUGUCAUACUGCAAUAAAGUUCAUUUCGAUAGUAGUUGGGAGAGAAAUCAUUGUGAGGGAUGCAAACCGUUUUCAUCAUUUUAAGAAUGGGCACUGUUCUUGUGGGGAUUAUUGGUAAUGGUGAUUACAAAGUGCAAUAGCCAAAUGUUAAAAUGACAUCAAGUUUAUAAUCUAUGUGAGAUGUACUCAUAUUCCAAACACAAGUGUUCAGAUUUCUGUGCUGCAAUGGCUCUGCAAUGCAAGUGGGUAGAGGAAGCUCAAAAUAUAUCUACGCUGGGAAUUAUAAGGUAACAUAUACUUGCAUGUCAAUUAAUUCAUCUGCAAUUUAUAACCUCAAGUAUUUGUUCACAUACAGCCAAUAAUAAUAUCUCAUCAAGCUAAGUGAUGUCAUUAACAUUGGCUUGGAUAAUAGUGCAGUUACUCUCUUUUUGGUAUCCAUCCACUACAAGUUAGACUCACCUUGGGCUACUGAAUUGGCAGAACCGGCUUAUUAAUGAGCUACCAAAUUAACAGGAAUUGGCUUGUUAAUGCAUUCUAUGCAAAACCCUGCUAAAGUCCCAAAGGUUGGGGGAGUUCUUUUAAGUAGACAAUAAUUCCAAUAGUAACAUUUGACUACAGCUAAAAGGAUAAGAAUAUAUAUCAUUCUCAUAAUUGUUUUUGACACAGAAAACUGAAGAGAACCUUCAAAAGUAUUGGAGAUGUUUUGAACCUGCAAAUGCAUAUUCAUCCAGGAUAUUCUCAUCAAAUCGAAGUGGGAAUCGAUUAGAUAUGAGAUGUUGAGUCAAGGACAGUGUAGGUAAAGCUAAGCUGGACCAGCAGGGUCAAGGAAAAUCACUUGGUUAAGAAGGUGACUGGUGACAUGGAAACAUGAAACUGGCAUACAAACCAUUGUGUUAUUGUGCAAGCAAGGUUGUAAACAUGUCAACGGGUGUCUAAAGGGAUCAGAAGCAUCUCAAGAGUCUCAGCAGCAAGUUACAAACUUCUACCCUAAGUGUGAAGGUGAGAAUGACAAAUUUGCCGAUUGUUACAAGUUGCUAAAGUGUCAAAUACCGCCAAAAACACAAAAGGCGUAGUGAAUACACAAACAUUUGGUUUGUUGGAAGUGAAGAUGCGAAUAUGUGGACAAAGAGUGGAAUUUGAAGAGUUUUGGCAUUUGAAUUUUCUCUUUUGCUGUUUUUUUGUUCCACUUUAGUGCCAUGACAGGGUAGAGGAAUAGCAUAUAUUGUGUAGAGACAAAGUUAGAAAGAUUGGCUCAUUUUCUGUGUUCAAAGUGUGAUUAUAAGUGAAAUGAAGUAGGGUUUCUGAUUGCAAGGCUUGAUAGCAGGUGUAAAAGAGUUUGCACACAUUGUAAUUGCUCUAAUUAGCCUUUUAGGCACUAUAUCAUCUAUAUGAUUGACUGAGAUAAUGAGAGGAGGAGCAAAAUCCUCGUUCCUGCUCGAGUUUUCA